CCGGUAUUAUGACCGCUUGCGGUGUAAGGGACAACGAGUGUGAAAUGUUAUGAUUAUGUAAAGUUUUCGGUGAAACUGGUGGAUUAAGGAUGCUCGUGACCGUGAUGUUACUGUUUCCCGUCUGUCGGUCGUCAGUUCGGGCAGUGCUUUACUGUCAGAGGCGCUUUAGCAAGAUACAGGUAUCCCCUGCUCUGUCUGAGCGUGUGCGGGUCUUUGAGUCUCUCAGAGAGAGGCAGGGACAGCAGAGGACAAGCGGUGCCACGAAACAGGCCUUCAGCGUCCGAUUGGCUGAUGGCAGGACAGUGAAUGGCACCACAGGUGUGACCACGCCCUCAAUCAUCGCUCAGAACGCACGUGUGAAAGGUGCUCUGGUGUGCAGGGUGAAUGGAGAGCUGUGGGAGCUGCUUCGCCCCCUGGAGGCUGACUGUGAACUACAGCUACUAGGCUUCGACACCACAGAGGGCAAACAGGCGGUGUGGAGGACAGGAGCGUGUGUUGUGGGGUGGGUGUUAGAGAGGGUGUUUGGGGUGAAUGUGUGCAGAGAGGGCGUGUCAGAGUCCAGCCUCUACUGUGACCACCUCCUGGAGAACAAUGCCCUGUCCCUAGCUGAGCUAGAGGAGAGAUGUAAGGAGGCCGCUGGCCAGAAGCUUCCUCUCUCCAGACUGGAGCUGAACAGGCAGGAAGUUACAGAGCUCUUCCAGAACAAUGCUCUGAGACUCCAGUUGAUUGAAGAACAGAUGAGUGGUCCUACUGUCACAGUCUACAGGUGUGGAGACAGCAUAGGAGUCUGCAAUGGUCCUCUCCUCCCUCACACUGGUCUCCUCAAGGUCUUCAAGAUGCUGCAGGUGUCUCCCGUAACGUUGACCAAUCCUGUUGGCACAUCAGGCGUGAUGCGUGUGAUGGGUGUGGCCUUCCCAGGAGAGAGGGAGAGGGAGGAGUGGGAGAGGGAACAGGAGGAGACACGGCAGAGAGACCACAGACGCAUCGGCAAGGACCAGGAGCUGUUCUUCUUUAAUGACGUCAGUCCUGGAAGCUGCUUUUUCCUGCCUAAAGGAGCUCACAUCUACAACACACUCGCUGACUUUAUCAAGACUGAGUACAGGAGGCGUGGCUUCCAUGAGGUUGUGACCCCUACUCUAUACAGCACUGCACUGUGGGAGCGUUCGGGUCACUGGGAACACUACAGUGAAAACAUGUUUACUGUGACCGGUGACACACACACCUAUGCACUCAAACCCAUGAACUGCCCUGCACACUGUCUGAUGUUUGAGCAGCGUGUAAGGUCAUGGAGGGAGCUCCCGUUGCGUUGGGCCGAUUUCGGGGCACUGCAUCGGAACGAGCUGUCCGGCGCUCUGGGUGGUCUCACCCGGGUCCGCAGGUUCUGCCAGGACGACGCACACAUCUUCUGCACUCCUGAGCAGUUGGAGGAGGAGAUCAUAGCGUGUUUGGACUUUGUGAGGAGUGUGUAUCGAGUUUUUGGAUUCUCCUUCCACUGUCUCCUCUCCACCCGACCUACACCCUGCCUGGGGGAGCCUGCACUGUGGGAUCACGCUGAGCAGCAGUUGGAGAGGAGUCUGCAGCAGUUUGGGGAGCGCUGGCAGCUCAACCCAGGAGAUGGAGCGUUCUACGGGCCAAAGAUUGACAUCCAGAUCAAGGACGCCAUUGGUCGACAGCACCAGUGUGCCACCAUCCAAUUGGACUUCCAGCUACCAAUCAGAUUUGACCUGCAGUAUGUGGGGGGGGAUGGAGAGACCCACAGACCAGUGAUGGUUCACAGAGCUGUUCUGGGAUCACUGGAACGCAUGAUCGCUAUAUUGGCUGAGAAUUUUGGGGGGAAAUGGCCUCUGUGGUUGUCUCCAGCGCAGGUCAUCAUUAUUCCUGUAGGGGGAGGUAGUGAGUCGUAUGCGCAACAGGUGGUCCGACAGUUCCGCGAGGCCGGCUUCAUGGCUGACGUGGAUGAUGACCAGGGUGCCACCUUAAAUAAGAAGAUCCGCUCUGCACAGCUGGCCCAGUACAACUACAUAUUUGUGGUAGGUGAGAAGGAGUGUGUGAGUGGCACGGUGAGUGUAAGGACCAGAGGGGGGAAGCAGCUAGGGAGGAGACCGACAGAGGAGGUCCUGGCAUCACUCACACACCUACGAGAAACAUGGAGCAACCAGGAUGACUUCUAACACACACACACCUGUUGUGGAUGAAGAAUUGCUCACUGUACUUAUAUAAUAACUUAAAUUAUAAAACUCUUCUGGACAUCUUUUGAACACACUUUUUCUGUGUGUGUAACUGUCAUUAUGGACAUGGGGCUGGUGUUACUGUCCCAACAGUAAGUGUUUCAUUGUGCAGUACUGGUUGGAGAGACAUCCAUUUUAGGAGUCUUAUCAGGGUUUUCAGGCAACAGUUGUGAUUGGUUGUUAAUCCUUAAGACUGUCAUCACUACCUUUAAAAGACUGGAAUAAGAAAGGGUAGGAUACGCAGGGAGUGUGGGGGGAUUUGACUAAAAAAGGAGAGGGAGCCCUGUGUUUAGUGGAAACAGGAAAGGCAGAACGAAGGUCGGAAGGUUUGAAGUUUUUCCCUCUUUUUAAUUGAGAGAGGGAGCGACGGAAUGGAAAGGACAUGAGUCACAACAGUGACAGAACAGCUAGGAGAGACAGGGAGGAGGGGGGGCAUUAUAACCCGGGAGGGGGGGGUCACAGAUCAAACAGACUGGACAAAGAACCUCUUCAACAAAACGGCUAUUGGCCAAAGGCGGCGGUUUUGUGUGCUUAGUUCUACGCGAGCACUUCACUGCCGAGAUGGAAAGAGAGGGAGGCCGAUAGGAGUUGAAUUGGGUUCAGGCCAGGGGGCUUUUGGUGUGUAUCAGUCCCUAGAGCCAGACACUGUAAGUGGGGGACCAGACCGUGAGCAUUACCAGAGGAGGAGAGUUUGGACUUGGCUCCACGUUCCAAUCACACAGAUUAACGGUCAGGCGAUUAAAACAGACCAAAGAAUGAAGCUUAUUUCCAAUACGCAGAAUAAAUGCCUUAAAUUCCUUGUC